AUACCAGGACAAUCAGCUGUCUCGGGUAGUCGACUGAGAUAACGUCAGCCCCAAGUAUCGCUCUCAAAAUACUCCAGAAAUUAAUGGAUAAAUUAAUUAAAAGUCAACAUCCGGUCAACGGAUUAGUGAACAAACAAGAUUAAAAAUACAGUUAAUCCUUCGGUGAUGAUUCAGUGUCGCAAAGUCUCAAACGGGUGAUAAAGGGGUCGGGGGUGAACACGUGGGGAGAACCGCAUCAUAAAUUAUAAUUCAUGAAAAUAAUUCGUUAAAUAAACAAUAGAAAAAACGAAGAAACUGACUGUAAACUUCAUUAAUAUGUAAAUAUUAAUAUCGCUAUAAUUUCUCUUUUGACUCUUCCUCCAGUUUCACCCCCCAUCCACCCCUGUAACAUGAAAAGUAAUGGGACAAAAAAUUGAAAACUUUGAACUAAAUUUAGUGUAAAAUUUUAAAAAUUAGUGUAAAAAAAUACUAUGGUAUGUUCUACAACAUCAAAAAUAAACAUAACUACCCGCAAACGCAUAAUGAUCGAUUCAUCAGGUUCGACCACGACUACAGAGACAUUUUACAGUGACAAAAACACCCCGUGGUGUUACCUACCGAGGACUCUGCCUCGCCGAUCGAGCUUCGCCAGCGCUCGGCUAAUUCAGCCCGAAUCCCCCGCCGAGCACGUCCGAACCUUCACUGCGCAUGCACCGAGAAGGCGAAAAGCGAGGAAACUCAUACUAGCGACUCUCCUGUUGUUCGGUAUCGUGGUGGUUAUCAUCACUGCGAUUUUCUUGCACUCGGAUAGAAGAGAAAGAUUUCACAAUGGGGGUGGAUUGAUACCCCCAGACAGUUACGACUUUCUCCCCCCCUCGUGGAGUAAAUUAAGGGUCUUCAAGGGUGGCGCCGUUUGCUCAGAUGGAUCGCAAUGCGCGGAAAUCGGAAAGGGUAUUCUCGCAAAUAAUGGCUCAGCCGUGGAUGCAGCGAUCGCCACGAUGAUCUGCAACGGUCUAGUGAACAUGCAGGCGAUGGGGUUGGGGGGUGGUUUCAUGAUGACGAUCUACGACCGAAAAACCCAAAAAUCGUACUUCCUGGUAUCACGUGACGUGGCACCACUGGCAGCGACACCAGACAUGUACAAUAAGGAGGGUGUCAAUGCCUCCAAUAUCGGGCCCCUGGCCAUCUCUGUACCUGGUGAGAUCGCCGGAUAUCGUGCGUUGCACAAGAAAUUCGGUAGACUCAAGUGGGAGGAGCUCUGGGCCCCCAACAUUGAGCUCUGCGAUAGGGGCUGGAAUAUGACAAAAGCACUGUACGACGACUCACUGGAGGCCAUUGACCUGGUCCGGGCAGAUCCCACCCUGAGGAAGAUAUUCCUCGUGGAAGGGACCGAAGAGCUGAAGAGGCCCGGGGCCCUAGUCAAGCCUGACAAGCUCUGCAAGACCCUGAGGAUUUUGCAGCAGAAGGGAGCGGAGGAGUUUUACAACGGCACCCUGGGGAAGAUGUACAUUGAGGACUUGAGGAGACGAGGCAGCAUCUUGACGAUGAAGGAUCUCAACUCGUAUCAGCCCGUGUGGAAGACGACUUUGCAAACUAUUUUAUCGGAUGGUACACGUGUUUUCACCCCAAAUUUACCCAGCAGUGGUGCAUUGUUAUCGUUUAUUCUCAACGUACUGGAUGAAUUUAAAUUCACUCCUGAUAGCCUAAAGGGAUGGAACAACACGAUCCUCACUUAUCACAGGAUCAUCGAGACAUGGAAAUUCGCUUACUCGAUGAGGAGCAAAAUGGGAGACGAUUUGUUCGUUGAUAUGAAGGAGUUCGUGAAGAAUUUGACGUCUAGGGAUUACGCGAGAUCGGUAAAGACCCAGAUAACCGAUGACAGGACGUUUAAUGACCCAGUUCAUUACGGAGCUGGAGAAGAGCUUCGUGAGGAUCACGGUACAGCACAAAUUUCAGUUUUGGCGCCUGACGGUGACGCCGUGUCCGUAACCAGCAGUAUUAACAUGUAUUUUGGAAGCGGUAUCGUCAGUGAAAGAACUGGAAUAGUAUCGAACGCUGGAAUGGACGAUUUUACAGUUCUAGGACGUGUCAACUACUACGGUGUCGCUGGUACAAAUAAAAAUAAUUUAAUUGAACCCUUGAAGAGGCCGAUGUCCUCGAUGGUGCCUUCGAUACUCGUUUCACCGAGUGGCGACGUCAGGAUGGUCAUAGGGGGCGCUGGUGGUACUAAAAUCACGACUUCCGUUUCCUUCACGAUAGCUAGACACCUGUGGAUGAACAACACGAUAAAGGAAGCCCUGGACGCAUCAAGAAUUCACCAUCAGGUGUAUCCAAUGGAAAUUGCCUACGAAUACGGUGUGCCAGAGCCAGUUGUAAAUGGUUUAAAAAAAUUGGGACACAAAACUUUACGUUAUCGUGAUCGAGGCAGCUGUGUUUGCGGUCUAACUCAAAUAAAUGGAACAGUUUACGCGAAUGCCGAUCAUCGGAAGAAUGGAGAUGUCUACGGAACUGAUGAGAAACAUAUCCUCAAAUUCUGAUGUUAUUUAUCAUGUAGUUUUGUAAUUGUUGACGAGUUCAGUGAAAUGAUGACAAUUUUUACAACAAUCCGUGAUUUUUUAUGGACAAUUCCUCAUCCUGGAAGCGCGACAAUUUUUCCCUGAAGAUUUGGAUCUCAUGAAGACGAUCCUGAUCAUCUGAAGCACAACUGCCAUCAAAAACAAGUCACUGGAAAGGGAGUUAUUGGUUCGAAUCCAGCUCUGGGCAAUUUUUGGAACGAAUAAAAAAUAUUUUGUUGGGAA